AUGUCUCGUCGCAUCUUUCUUACCGGAGGCAAUGGCUUCGUGGGAUCUCACACCCUCGCUCAACUCCUUGAAAAAGGAUAUAGCGUUUGUUGUGCUGUCAGAACGCAAGCCAAGGGCGACAAGAUCCUCGCGGACUUCACCGAGCAGAAGUCUCGAAUUGAUAUCGCUAUCGUUCCGGACAUCGUCACACCAGACACCUACGAUUCCGCUCUGAAGAGCCAACCCCCUUUUGACGGAGUAAUUCAUGUCGCAUCCCCAUUCACAUACGGUAUCGAAGGAAGCAAUCUCCAAUUCCUAGAGCCGGCCAUUAAGGGGACGUUAAACCUUCUCAAAUCCGUCAAGGAGAACGCUCCUAAUGUGAAGCGGGUCGUUCUAAUCGGCAGCUCCGCCAGCGUGGUCGACUAUGAAAAUCUAACUUCAGACCCGCCCAAAUUCUUCACGGAGAAAGACUGGAACCCGGUCACAUGGGAAGAAGCCUUAGAAGGCGAUCAGUCCAAAGCGUACAGAGGAAGCAAGAAAUUCGCCGAACUAGAAGCUUGGGACUUUAUAAAGAAGGAAAAGCCGCAUUUUGAUCUUGUAGUUCUCUGCCCCCCUGCGAUAUUUGGUCCCUCGAGACAUUCUAUCUCAAGCAUCAAGGAGUUGAACGAAUCGAAUAGCCGAUUGUGGAAGUUUACUUUUGGCGCGACCAAAGAUAGCCCGGUCGCAUACAUGCCCGUGCAUACCUACAUCGAUGUCCGAGACUUAGCUACCGCCCAGGUACAAGCUCUAAACAUUCCAGAAGCCGGAAAUGAACGUUUCGCAAUAUCCACCCGACAGUUUGAUUUCCAGAAGAUUUCCGACAUCCUCAGGUCGCAUUUCCCGGAGCUCAGUGAGCGCGUGCCACUUGGUAAACCCGGCACUAGCUCCCUGCCUCCAGGUGCAUACAACGUUGAUAAUUCUAAGGUCAAGAACUUGUUGGGAAUAGAGUUCCGACCGUUCGAGGAAACGAUAUUGGAUACUGCGAGAUUUUUCUUGGAGAUUGAGCGGAAUGAGCAGAAAGCUUGA